GGUGUUCAGGCUGCUCUCCACCCACUUCUGCCACCCCGCCUCCCAACUCACCUCCACAGGGGCUGGAAUCGGGCCAUCUCCGCACCUUUCACCCCACGUCCCUGCGUACCCUUGCAAUGUCGCAAACUCCUUCCCAACAGCCCCCACACAGUGACGAUGUCUUUGAGCCCACCCAGCUGUCCCAGCCGGCGUAUAGCCAAACUCAAAACACACAGGCGUUCAUCAGCAGUCAGGUCGAGCCACGCAGAAAAUACUGGGCGAUCUUCAUCUCCACCCACUCGGACCGCGGGAUCCUAAAAGUGCCCUGGAGCAAGCCCUAUAUUCAGCUGGGAAGAGGACCGUAUACUCUUGGAAAUGAUGUUAUACUCCCCGAAAAGAGAGUCUCCAACACACACUGUCGCUUUACUCUCGGGAUGCAAAAUGCAAAGAAUCUGGAACCGUCUAAUGACACCGCCAGGGCAUGGAAAGAAGGAGAGGGUGAGCCCGAAGUAUGGGUAGAAGAUUUGAAGAGCAGUAACGGGACAUUUGUUAAUGGCGCUCGUAUCAACACCAGGCGCCUUUUACGGCAUGGCGAUGAGAUAUCACUAGGUCAUGCGGGCACUCUUGACUAUCACGACGUUCGAUAUAUAUAUCGUUCUGUUGGGGGCAAGAGAUUAAAGAAUGGGCAAGCCUCAAGCAAUAGUGGCGAUCUCGAACCUGUAGGCCAGGUUUACGAGAAAUAUCAAUUACUCGAUCGCUUGGGGAAAGGGACGUUUGCGGAAGUUCACAAAGCUGUGGACGUAGAAACGGGGAAUAUGCGAGCCAUCAAACAAAUCGUCAAACAUCGCUUUGCCGGCAACGACAAGACUCUUCAGCUGUUUCACCGAGAAAUCAAUAUCACUAGAAGUCUGGAGCACGAAAACAUAUGUCGGCUGAUUGACUGGUACGAAGACCCUCAACAUAUCUGUCUUGUUCUGGAGUAUGUAGAUGGAGGUGAUCUUUUGGAUUACAUCAUGGACUGGCCAGAAGAGCAAGGCGGUCUCCCUGAGCAACACGCUGCUGAACUCACAGUUCAGAUCUGCCGUGCAAUGGCCUACACACAUUCAAAAGGCAUCACUCAUAGAGACUUGAAGCCAGAGAAUAUUCUUUUGACAAAAGAACAUGAAGGUGCUCGAAUCGUCAAAAUUGCAGAUUUUGGCUUGGCUAAGAUGAUCCACACAAACACUAUGCUUGUAUCCAUGGUCGGAACCCCGCAGUAUUUGGCUCCGGAGAUUGUCAUGCAAACAGAGCAGCAACCAGGAUACGAAAACGUGGUGGACUCCUGGUCUGUCGGCAUAAUAGUUUAUAGCAUGAUGACCAAGGCUUUACCAUUUGACGAAGAUAGCAAACUUCCUGUGGAGCAACGGAUUCGAGCCCGUUUUACUCAACCACCUGAUGUGUCCCUGUUGGAGCAGCGAAACGUGAGCCAGCAAGCAAUCGAUUUCAUUUUGAGGCUCUUGGACAAAGAUCCCGCCAAGCGCAUGACGAUGGCCCAAGCCUUGGAUCAUGAAUGGCUUUCUGAGCCCUCUUCGCAGCCAAUUGAGUCGCAACGCAUGGGUCUUGGCGGUGAUUCUAUGUGGUCCAUCCAAUCUUUCGAUUCAUUACAACCUGACUUUAACUAUGGUCCUGGAAGCGCAAACUGGCAGAGGCCCGCCACGGUCUCUAGCACAAGGUUAAAAAGUGGUUUUGAGGGGUCAGACGAUUUCUCUCAACCGAUGACCAAAUUGCAUCUCAAUACUCCAGAAAUAUGCAAUAUACCCUCUAAAAAGGCAAGCAUCAAACAAACAAGCGCUGCAAUAGGCAUCAACACCCCAGUAUCACUUGUCUCUCCAUGUGUUGCUGGUAACCCGGUCAACGCCGUUUCGCCGUCUGCUCCUACGUCGACAUCACCCACAUCUCUUUCAAAACAACAAAAACGCAAGCUAGAAGAUGAAAAGAGGGCUAAUAGCAUUGACUCGGAAGGUGAAGGUUCGGAGAGUAUUGAUAGGACAAAUAACGCCCCAGUAAAUGAGAACAUUGACGCAUCCGUUAUGAUGGACUCGGCGGUCGAUAGUGUAAAGGAGGAUGGAAAAGACGAUAUUGUAUUGGCUAGACGCCCCCGAAAAUCUAUGCGCCUUCAAUAGAGGCGUUUAUCGUUAGUAGAGUAUAAAGUGACUUUUUACGUCGGAUUCUGCGAGAAGUGCAUGCUACUCCGUUUUACGAUGCCC